UCGCCCGCCACUUCUCGGGCGGCGUGCGAUACCUGCACCCGCUCGUCCGCCCACCACAACUUUCGCCUACCCGCGCCGAUGCAAUAAAAUAAACUUUACGUUAAAAGUGCGUGUGGGAAUUAACGGACUUGGACUGAAUUUACUUUUCAGUGACAUUAUUGCUACUUCAGUGUUUUGUUAAUAGUUCGGAUGUUAAAAGUUCAGAUACGCAAAUGAGCCGAGUACCAAGGAUCGCGAAGCGGAGAAAUAUUAAAUGUAAUUAUGAUUUACCGUCCAUGAGUGCGUACUAUAAACAGUAACGUUUUAUUGGACGAUCUUGUAACUGAAAAGUAAAAGUAACUGUUGUAUGAAGUGCUGUAAAUGUUGGGGUGGGUGAGUGAGUGCGGCGUGAAGGGUCGUUGAGCGUGGAUGGUGUUGGUGGGGUGUCGGGUAUGGCGGCGCGGUGCGGGGGGCGGGCGGGGCGCGGGCGGCGGUGAGGCCGGUGCGCGGGUGCGGGAUGCGCGGGCGCGGGUGGGCAUGCGCGUGGUAUGCGUGGUGCGCGUGCGCAGUGCUGGCGGCGGCGGGCGCGGGCCGCGAGCUGCGCGUGCUGCAAGCGGACGCGCGCACCGCCUUCUACGUGGCCAUCGCCGCGCCCCCCUCGGCCGCCGACGUCGUGCGGGUGUUCAACCGCUCGCUCGCCGACCUCUCUCACACGUACCUGGCAGGCGACUACCCUCUCCAUCUGCGCAACAUCACGCUACUGCCGCUGUACAUCGAGCUGCCAGAAGAUGAAAAGUUCGGUGUCCGAGUGUUGGAGCGCACAUGCUCUGCGCUCGACGGGCGGCGCGUGGCUGCGCUGCUUGUAUGCGGCGGGGGCAGCGCAGCCGCAGCCGUGGUGACAGCGGCCGCGCGCGCAGGCGUCCCUGUGCUCCGCGCAUCGCCCUCUCACGUACAUCUCUCCUAUACCAUCGCCAACGAAUUGCUUCCAUUAGAGAUUCGACUGGAAAUAACUGCGCGGGAAACCUUACACGCACUCAGAGCUACAUUGCUUCACACGCACUGGCACUCCUUUACUUUGCUGGCAGAGGAAGAUAUUUACACCACACUGUCCUUACGGAAAGAUUUGUCUUCAAUAGUAACUGCUCCGCCUUUAGAUCCAAAAUGGCUGUCACUUCCAAAAAAGUUCUCACGACAUGUUCUUUUCAGGCGGCUUGCUGAGAUAUCAAGGCUGACCCGAGGCGUCGUUGUCUUGAUAUGUGAUGUCAAUUACGCUAAGCUCGUUAUGGAUGAGGCCAAGCGUCUUAACAUGCUCGAAGGAAACUUUUUCUGGCUCUGGUUAGAUGCUUCCAAAGAUGUUGAUAUCUUCCAUAAUAUAAGCAACAGAACCCUAUAUACCGAAGAUAACGAUCAAGAUAUUGAAAGCCUGAGGGAUACCGAUGAAGCUCUAGUAUACGAACGCUUUGACCGCAGCAAACGAGGCGAUGCUGACAAUAAUACAAUAGACGAUCAAACAGACGCUGAAACUUUGAUAAAAGCAGAUAAAACAGAAGAACAACCUACCAGUGAUGGAUUUUCUGUAAAAAAUAGUUCUAUAAAUUCAAAAUUUCGUCGCACAAGUCGACAUCUGAAUGAUUCAGAAGCACACGGUGUAAACAACAAAUUAUUAUAUUUAAAUUUUAGUAAAUCGUAUGAUAGUAUUCGCAAUAUUAGUUUGGGAAGUAUGAGAAAUUAUAAUGUAAAUAACAAAGGCGUUGAAACUUCUAAAAUCGAAAACAAUUCAAUUGCGAAGGGAAUGCCCUUUCAUUAUAGAAAUAACAGUAGACAUAAUAGUUAUAGGGAGAUGAAAAAUGAAUCUUUUAAUAAAUAUGUAAAUAGCAUAGAUGUAGAAGAUGUGAAUGUAGCUAAAAAUGAAAUAUUGGGACAAGAUGAUAUAAAUAGCAAUGAUGAUAUUAGAAGAGUAAAUGAUAGCAUAGAUUUAUCAAGUGAUAUUAGUGAUUUCUUAAUGAAUCCCAAGGUGCAUGCGUCUUCAGUGCAUAAUUUUAAAGACAAGACAGAAAAAAGAUACGAUAAAAGAUUGAAAGAAGAUAUACUUGACAAAGAAAGAGGAAAUAUUAAAGAUAACUUGACUGUGAUCUUCAAAAGCCUUCCGGUUGGAUUAUUGGCUCUACAUCCACAACCAGUGAAAAUAGAUCGGGCGUUUAUAAAAGCAGCAGUACGGAUGACAGUGGGAGCUCUUCGGCGCGUGCUGCACGCUUGCGACGCGUGGUCUGCCCAGGCGCAGUUCUUGAGUGAUGCAACCGCCUCCUGCUGGGAAGAACCAAGUGAUGCUGCUGCCGACUUCUCCACGGAAUUUGUAAGAGAAACACGCAUAUCUUCAGCGGCGGCGCUCGCUGGUGGCACAGAGCGACCAGAGCGAUCAUUAACAGCUUCUUUCGCUCUCUUGAACCUAGUUCCUGGACCCGACGGCGAGAAUAUGUGGAGACAAGUCGGCCGAGUGCUCGGUCGCAGUGUCAGACUCCAUACCAUAGUGUGGCCCGGAGGCAGACUCGUGGCACACGGACAAUCCGAUGGUGCCCGGACAAUAUUCCGCAUCGUGACAGCACUAGCCCCGCCCUUCGUCAUGGAAGGAGAACUCGAUGAGGACGGCCAAUGUCUCCGGGGCCUUCUAUGUCACCGACCACAAACGUCCGACAGAGAUAAUCUGACCCUAGCGUUCAAUGAAUUGGAAAGGGAAAGUGAUCAGGAUGAUUUUUUCUUCCCCACGUCUAAACCAGUAUUCACUAAAAUGGAAACGCAUUGUUGCUAUGGACUCGCAAUGGAUCUUUUAGAAAACAUCGCACAAGAACUAGAAUUUGAUUUUCAUUUAUACAUUGUAGAGGACGGACUAUACGGAUCCAGAAAACUUAUCAAACCAUUUCACCGAAUUUUCGAAUAUAAAACCGUCGCGAGCGAAUAUGCCCCAAUAAAUUACCAAAGUUAUCGUUCACAAUACCGUAACGGUUACAAAUCAGUGGAGGAGGACGCAGAAGAAAUGCCAUACCUAUUUGAUAUGGAACCAGAUGAAAGCGUUGAAAAAUGGAAUGGUAUUAUAGGGGAUUUAGUGUCUGGUGCCGCUCACAUGUCGUUUGCCGCACUCAGCGUGUCCGCCGCUCGGGCCGAAGUCAUAGACUACAGUCAACCUUAUUUUUUUAGCGGUGUGUCAAUACUUGCCGCCCCAAAUCAAAGACCCGACAUUCCAUUGCUUGCGUUUCUUUUGCCAUUUUCGCCAGAAUUAUGGAUUGCAAUAUUUACUUCGCUCAAUGUAACUGCUAUAGCAGUGGCAAUAUACGAAUGGCUCUCACCCUUUGGAUUAAACCCUUGGGGACGGCAAAGAUCGAAGAACUUUAGCAUUUCCAGCGCGCUAUGGGUUAUGUGGGGCCUUUUAUGUGGACAUUUGGUAGCAUUCAAAGCACCAAAAAGUUGGCCUAAUAAGUUUCUAAUAAACGUUUGGGGUGGUUUUUCUGUGAUAUUCGUCGCCAGUUACACUGCCAACAUAGCGGCCUUGAUUGCUGGAUUGUUUUUUCACAAUGCUGUUGAUGACUACCAAGGUCGAAGUAAUUGGCUGUCAUUACGAGUGGGGACGGCCAGGUCGUCGGUGUCUGAGUACUACGUUCAACGAAAUAAUCCACAGCUGGCGCAACAAAUGCGUCGUUACGCCCUCCAAGAUGUUGAAGAAGGUAUCCAGAGACUCAGGAACGGUACAUUGGAUCUUUUAAUAGCUGAUUCUCCUGUGUUAGACUAUUACCGGGCCACUGACCACGGAUGUAAGCUACAACGCAUUGGUGACCACCCACUAGCCGAAGACGCUUACGCCAUUGGCAUGGCCAAAGGCUUCCCUCUAAAAGAUAGCAUUUCGGCUGUGAUAGCUAAAUACUCAUCAAACGGCUACAUGGACAUUUUAACGGAGAAGUGGUACGGCGGCUUGCCUUGUUUCAAACUCAGUCCAGACUAUGGAAUCCAACCGAAGCCACUCGGGGUGGCAGCUGUUGCGGGUGUUUUCAUCCUACUAGGAGUUGGUAUGAUCGUCGGCUGUCUCAUAUUGAUCUUGGAGCAUUUGUUUUAUAAAUACACCCUGCCCGUCCUGCGUCACCAGCCUAAAGGUACUAUAUGGAGGAGUAGGAACAUCAUGUUUUUCAGCCAGAAACUGUACAGAUUUAUAAACUGCGUGGAGUUAGUUUCGCCACAUCAUGCUGCUCGUGAACUCGUCAAUACCAUACGACAAGGACAUUUUACUUCACUUUUUCAGAAAAGUGUCAAAAGGAAGGAACACGAACAGCGUAGACGACGAAAAAGUAAAGCACAACUCUACGAAAUGAUUCAGGCUAUAAGAAGGGUACAACAGCGGGACCACUCAUUAGGUUCUAUAAAAGAGCAAGAACCGGUAGAGACAGAAACUGAAGCAUCCGAAGAAGUUACCGAGUGCAAAUUCUUGUCCCCGUCCCCAGACGUGUCUAAUCGCUCGCCGCGACCCGGCCGAUCUCCUCGACAGUUACGCUCACCGAGAGGCCGCAGAAAAAGAUGUAGUCUCGCAGGACUAAACGUACGGCGAUUUAGUACCGAUUCCGUCUUAAAUUCUGACUCUGUCUCAAAUAUUUAUGAACGCACAAGUCAUAACAUAGGAAGAAGGCUAAGUCGAGACGUUCUGACCAGUUCUCCUCCAGACAUAAAUACUCGCCUUCGAACUCCUUCGCCUAUGGUACGCCGCGCAGAAGGGUCCUCCACGAGAUCUUAUCAAGAUGUUUCCGAUAGGUCUGAAAAUUACCUUAGUACAGACUGCCCUACCUCUAGAGCAAGUGUUGAAAUUUUGGUUUCACAAGAUGAUUCAGAUUUGCCACCUGCUCCCCCGUAUCCAAGAGUACCCCCAUCGGGAGGUAGGUCGGAAUUGUCGCUUUUAUCAGAAGAGGAACUAAUAAGAUUAUGGCGUAGUUCGGAACGCGAAGUGAGGGAGGCGUUAUUGGGAGCACUUCAGGAAAGGCGGGCUAAUUUAGAUCCUAAACAAGAUCCGGGAUGAACGAAAGGCUAUAAUCCGUAUUUGGAAUGGAAUAGGUCUGUGCAGAAUCACUUUUCAUCUCUCAUUGCCGCUCGGCGAGGGAACGAUAAGGAGUAUCGACCAGAAUACGCCCGUAGUGGUUGAGUUAGUGCCUUUUUACAUUGUUUGAUGCGGACACGUCUCACAGGCGUUAGUUAGUGAAUCGGUGUUCAUUUCAGUGUCUUGAUAUUAUUAUUACAUUUGGAAGGCUGCCUUACUUUACAUUUAAUUGCUUCUUCAAUAUUGGAUCUGCGUCAAACAAUUUAAAUAAUGGUACUCGGUAAGUAAGUUAGGUUCGGAGAUGUUGACGUCCAGUAAAUUGAUAUAAGCUUUUUUAGGCGUAAUAUUACGUAUGAGUAAAUCUGUAGAAUUGAUAUUAAAGAUCGUAAAUGUUAUAUAUGUGGAAGAAUAUUACAUAGCUAUGACCAGAUAAUUUAAAGUGCUUUAACCUAUAGUCUAGAUCGUGAUAGAUAUUUCAUUCAAUGACAUUAUUGUACUUGUAGUUAAAAGUUAGAGUUCAAAUGUCAAGUUGUUUCCACGAAACAACAUUUGGUUUAGUCACUGAAAAUGUAAUUACUGGGCUGUUGAAUGGAAUAACAAUAUUGUGAAUAAAACCAAUUAGUAAAUAAUUAACGUUCCUAAUUUUACUGUAGCUCACUUAUUUAACAAAGGCAAUUAUGGAAUUCAAAACAAAAGAGACUUUAUGGCUGUAUUCUUAAUUUUAUGUUUUACUGGUAAAAAACGAAAAAACUUUUAUGAAGCAGAUAGCACUGUACCAGAGUAAUAAAAACAAAUUAAUUCGGUAAGGGGAAGACGACAAACAAGUACGUAUGGUAGCAGAUAGUAUGGUCUGAAAGUAAGUACCUAGAAUGUACUGAUACAAAUAGAAUUACGAUUUCUGAACAGGAUUCCUUCGUUCAUAUGGUCUGAUAAGUUUAUAAAGGACAAAAAUAAGUUUAUCUACCUUCUUUUACUUACCCUGCUCUAAUUUAAUAUAUUUCCGCUAUCCCGAUAUCAAUUUUAUGAAAUGCCUUUCAUUUAUCGGUGUAAUUCGAUUGGAUUGGAUUUUAUUUCGAUCCAUCUUUUAUCGGCAAGGUAAUGCAUUAGCGCAGUUUGAUAAAUGAUUAUUGGAUAUGAAAUCGUCUCAUAAGAACCACCACUUUACGAACAAGUUUUGUAAAGCGAUUAAGGAAAACUGGCGAAGCGAACGAUGUGGGUAGCCAUAAUAGUGGCCUAGUGGGGGUUGCGGUUCCCUUAGACCCUGUUUAAAUACUAACUAAUUUGUUUAAAGCAUCCCCUUUACAAAUAUAUCUCUAAAUUAAUUAGGAACGAAACUAUGUUUUAUAGUUAGGAUUUUAAUGAAAUGAAUGAAAAACUGCCAAACAUCGGAUUAGGUGUUAAUAUAAUUAUUAGAGUUCACUUCUUCCUAGAGUUGCACCCUAGUAGCCUUUAGUUUAGAAUUUUCUCUCUCUAUUAUGCCCACACAUAUUUAUUAAUAUGUGUAUUAUAUUUAUCCUGUCCUAUAUCUUACCUAUAUCUUUCAUUAAUAUUCCCUACUUGAUAAGUCUUACAAAUUAUACUGAAAAGAAUAAGCAAUAUUUUCCGAAUAGAUUUUUAUACUUACUCUAGGGUAAUAUUGAGUUUAUGGUUGUUUUUUUUUUUUUCUAUUGCUAACAUGAUUUUCGCCAAAAAGCCUAUCAUCAUCGGUCUGGUUUAAACCUAUAACAUUAUUUUAACGCGUCACAUAAUUUGUCCCGUUAUUUUAACGGCCGAUAUUUUGUGAAAUGUUCAAUAUUUAAUCAUGUCUGUUGAAUAUUAACUAGCCCACUAUGUCACUAACAAUUGAAAUUAAUUACAGCUAUUAAUUCUAUUACACUGACAAUUAUAUCAGUAUUUAUAAUCGACCAAUUUUCAUGAUGUGGCGAUGGUGUGAUUAUUUUAUUGAUAAAUACUUUUCUUUAACCAUAUACAGGCAUCAACUUCAUCCUCAUAAAAUAAUAUAUAACAUGCUAAUAUUUUCAGUAAUUUCCCCCAUGUUUGCUAUUUGUUAAUUUUGUAACUUACUUUUGUAUAUACCUAUUUUGUGAAAAUCUAUUCUCAUUUCCAUUCUUCUUUAUCGUUCGGCCAAACAACGAAACUUAAUUUGCAGAUCUUAUCAUCUAUUUCACUUUCGGACCAACAUAAUUCUUUGAAAUAAAUUAAUGGAUAAAAUCUAUUGGAUGUGAGUCAUCUAGUGAUAUAUAAAGUCUUAUGCAUUUCUCUGUCUAAUAGUAGGUAAAUAUAAAGUAAACGUAACAAUAUAAUAUUGAUUUUAAGUAGUAGCUAUAUUAAUAUUUUGUAAAAAUCGGAGGGGCAUGCUCUAUCAAAGUAUUUAAUGCGGCACAGUCAGAGAUUUUAUUUAGUAGAACGUUUGCUACCAAUAGAAAUGAAUGAUGUGACAAACAUACAUAAAGUUGGAUUUUUUUUGUAAGAAGAUGUAGGUAAACUUAUAUCUUCCGAUUAUGUUGGCAUUAUGGCUGAAAUCUAAUACUUACGAUUGACGAUUUCUGUAUAUAUUUUAUUAUAUGCACGGAUACCUAAAUAGUAUCGCUGACUGUUAAGACCAGAUAAAUAUAAACGUAAUUGAAAAAGGACAAUGGGCACAAAUAUAUGGGACCUGGUAUACCCCACCAAUAGGAAUGUCAUAUAUACCAUUGGAUAGGUCUUUUUAUGUAGAACAAUAUUUACUAUGACAGCUUUGUUGAAAUGUUUGUCCGUUCUGAGAUAUAGAUCAAAAACUGUGCAAAAGUUAGAACUAAAUAAUCUAUUUUUAAAGGAAAAUCUAAGUACUACCAAGUGUAAGUCUUGUAAGUGCUACCUGCUGUGCCCGUUAGGGUCCAUAAUUGUUACUAUUAGGUAUGUAGCAUUUCAACCUUUUAUAACGGACAAACAAUAGAACAAAGCAGUCAUAGUAAAUAUUGUUCCAAUUAAAAAGACCUAUCCAACGAUAUAUAUGACUUUGCUAUUGGUGCGGUUUCUCAUUACGCCCAAAAUCCAGUUGAUACAAUAAAAGGUUGAAAUGCUACAUAAUAGUAACAAUUAUGGACCCUAACGGGC